AUGGCCCCGCGUCCAGUGCCGACCCGCACCAGCACCAACGACAUCAGCGUCGCGCGCACGACGGCGUCGCCGUCGCCGGCCGCGUCCGGGUCCGGCUCGCAGCGGGCGGGAGGCGAUGGCGACGAGCUGCCCGAGGGCAAGGAGAGCCUCGCGGGUCCGGUCAAGGGCAAGAAGGACAAGGGCAAGGGCACGGGCAAGACGAGUCAGCGCCCGAGCUGGUCGUGCACCGAGUGUACGAGGCGCAAGAUACGCUGCGACCGCGUCGUGCCCGGGUGCAACCAGUGCAUCAAGCGCAACAAGGUCCACCUCUGUCGACUCGACCAAGAUGCCGAGAUGGGUUUCGCCGCCGACGGCUCGCUCCCGGCGCCCGCCGCGCCGUCAGCGGCGCCCACGGGCCCUCCUCGACUCGCGUCCGCGACCGAGUACGAGGCCAUCUCGCGCAACAUCCAGGUCGUCCGCCAGCGCCUGUACCACCUCGAGCGCGUCGUGCGCGCGUUCGUCCCGCAACCCGACUCGCUCGACCCGCACGGCAACGCCAUGUGGGCUGUCGACCUCAACCUCCUCCAUCAGCAGCAUGACCACCCUUCUGCCGCCGACGCCUCGAGCGGGCCCGGCUCGACCCCGUCCUUCGCCCGCGACUCGCUGCCCCUCCCGAUCCCGCCACCACCGCCACCGCAGCAGCCGACGACGGCGACGAGCGGGCAGCCGCGCGACAGUGAGGUCGAGGCGGCGACGACGCUCGAGUUUCUCGCGCUCGGGCGCGACUCGAAAGAGAGCCACUUUCGCAGGUCCGAGCUGCGGCGGCCGUCGAGCGAGGACGACGACGACUGCGGCGUCGGCGGCGCCGAGCCGGGCAGCGAGGCGCUCGCGGCGGACGGGAGCGCGCGCGCCUCGCCCUCGAGUCGGCCCACCCACUCGCUCGCGGCCGACGCAGCGACGCCCAAGGGCUCGUCGUCGACGACGAUCGACGUGCUCCCGAGCAUCGAGACGAGCAAGCGCCUCGUCGACUACUCGCUCGACAAGUGCCUGUGGCAGCACGGCGCCGUCCACUCGGGCCAGUUCCGGCGCGAGUGCGCCGAGUUCUACUCGUGGGGCGAGCGCCGCGCCGAGAAGGUCAACCAGGCGUGGCUCGCGCUGUACUACGGCAUGCUUGCCGUCGCCGUCAAGCACAUGGUCGCCGACGACGCGCCGUCGUUCGGCUACUCGGCCGACGAGCAGCAGGCGCUCGCCAAGGGCUGGUUCGACGCGAGCGUCGCGGCGCUGCACCGGUCCAACUUUAUGGCCAAGCACCAGAUCUAUGCCGUGCAGGCCAUCAACCUGUACGCCGUGUCAUGCCAGGACAUCGGCGAGUCGGACCUCAUCGCGACGCUCCUCGCGGCCGGCAUCCGCAUCGCGCAGCACCUCAAGAUGCACCUCUUUGGCGACGACGCGGAGUGGGACGCCAAGCGGCGCAAGAACGGCAUCGACCCGGCGAGCGACGCGGGCGUCAAGGGCUUGAUCGAGCGCGAGAUCCGCAAGCGCGUCUGGUACGGCCUCCUCACCGAAGACUGGAUCUCGCUUCACGGCCGUCGCGCCUACGCCGUCUCGCCGACCCACUUUACGACGCCGCUCCCGCUCAACUGUACCGACGACGACCUGUCGUCCGGCGUCCUCGUCAACCGCACCAAGGACGAGCCGACGCCGGCGUCCAAGACGAUCCUCCUGUACCACGUGGCCGACAUCCUGCGCCGCUUCUUCGAGCACAUCCACUCGUCCAAGCAGCUCGACUACGCCUACUGCGUCGAGGCCGACCGCGCCCUGCGAGGCGUCAUCCUCAACGGCCCGUCGUUCCUCAAGGUCGAGAGCGGGCCGGGCGACGCUGCGGGUUCCCCCGACUGGACGGCCUGGUUCCGCUCGUACUGGAUAAUUUCGAUCUCGCACAAGCUCCUCGUCGUGCACCGCAUGUUUGUCGCACCGGCGGGCCAGCAGCAGGACGAGCGGCAGAUGUACUCGCGGCGCGUCACGAUCGAGGCGGCGAGGUCGGUCAUCCAGCAGCUCGCGCGGUCGCCUCGAGCCUCGACCCAGUCGUACUGGACUCUGCCCUACCACACGGUGAGCGCCGCAACCUCGAUCAUGCUCGACAUCUUCCAGUCGCCGGCCGACCCGGACGUGCCCAACAAGCGGCUCGAGGUCCAGCACGCCCUGCACGAGCUGCAGCAGCUUGCCGGCGGGAGCCACAUCGCCAAGCGCGGCGUCGCCCUCCUCAGCACGCUGCUCGACGAGGAGGCGCGGCAUCGAGCGCCCGCCGCCGCCGCCGACAACGACCUGGGCGGCGCGAGCGCUGCGGCGGACCUUGCGUCGAACGGCCACGGCGCCCUCGCCCAGGCGGGCGCAACGGGCCUGUCACUCGGCUCGCCGAGCAUGACGUCGUUGACGACGCCGUUCUUCAUCCCGACCCUCAGCUCGGCGCCACCCGCCCCCUCCUCGUCCGCCCCUUCGACCCUCCCUUUCCUCCCCACACACGCUCCCGCCGCCGCGCACGCACCCGCACAAGCCGCCGACACGUCCGCCGCAGGUCUCGCGACCGCCCCGCUGUCGCACGAGGCGCUGCACGCCCUCUUUGCCGGCCUCGGCGGCGAGUCGGCCUUUUCGCACGAGGCCAUCAUUGGCGGCGUCGGCGGCGGCGGCGGCGACGUCGGGCCGCUCGGCGGGCUCGACUUGAGUCUCGGCGGCGUCGGCGAGGACCCGGCGGCGGUCGACUUUUGGCGGCUGCUCAACGCGGGAGGAGGAGGAGGCGGGGAGGAGCUUGGCGGUGAGGGCGUGGUCGGCAUGAUGGGGAUCGAGGGAGGCAUGGGCGAGUGGGCCGUGUGGCCGCAGUAGCUCUCUGUCUGUGCAAAAGCAGUGCGCGCG